AUCACUAGAGACCGGCCUGAGGGCGCAGAACAACCGCAUCUGCUGCGUAGAGACACCGGAGAGUUGAUCCAGCGGAGCGCUUCAUCCAUCCAUCCAUCCAUCCAUUCAAUUAUUUAUUAGUUAAUUCGUUUGUUUGUUCGUGUGUGAGGAGUAUUUAUUACAGUUGUGUCGAAGAUGAGCGCUGUGACGAGGAGUCUGUGCACCUUUGAGGACAUCAGGAAUCAGGAGCAUGCGGACGGGUGCAGGCGACUGAGGCUCACGCUGCUCAACAACCAGAGCCAGGCGACCCGGAGCACAGAGCAGCAGAAGCCAAUCGGACGUGCGUUUGCACUGGUGCAGCCGGCCAGCGACAGGACAGCUCUCACCCCUGAACCGGUCAAAACUACAGAGGAGCAGGUGGAGGUUAUCAAGGUUUACCUAGAGGCACGCAAACAAGAGCAGCAGAAACACCAGCAGAGCCUGAAGAUGCUGUCAGACGAGGUUUCACAGAUACAGGAGGUGAGGUAUUGCCUGAAGUCACUGAGGGAGCAGAUGGCAGCCAAAAACAAGCCGCUCACAAAUGGGUGGAAGGUCGGCGUUCCCUUCAAAAAGAGCACCUCGUCUGCACCAAAGGGAGGAGCGACAGCUGACGGACAGGAAGCGGACGAAGAAGCAGAGAGAACCAAGCUGAGGGAGGUCAGUAAGCGCUUUUAUGCACAGCUCCAGGAAGCAGAGAAGAAACACCAAGAGGAGAGAGAGAGGAUGCAGGCUGAAGGCAGCAGGCUGAGGGAGCAUCUGCGCGACCAGGAGGAGAAGCUGAAGAACACAGAAGAAGCCAGCGAGAGGAAAGACAAGCGCAUAGAGGAGCUCCAGAGGCUGCUGGGAGGGAUGGAGCAGGAGAGCGCCACCCUGCGGGAGACGAUCCGCAGCCGAGAGGAGGAACUCCGCGAGCUGCGCAAGAUCAGAGAGGAGGGCCAGAAAGGGGAGCAGAGGGCCGAGCAGUUGGAGAAGGAGGUGGCUGUUCUCAAAGAAAAGAUCCACCAUCUGGAUGACAUGCUGAAAAGCCAGCAAAGGAAAGUCAGACACAUGAUUGAACAGCUCCAGAACUCUCGCAUGGUGAUCCAGGAGAGGGACCGUGUGAUCAAAGAGCUGGAGGAGAGAGUGGCUUUCUUGGAGGCUGAGAACCGAGAGAUGCAUGACCAGAUGGAUUACUUCCUGGGAGGACAAAGAUCAAACUCCUACCUUUCAUCAGAUCGCAAUGCCCAAAUCGUCUACAGUAAACCGAUCAAGCCGUCCACCUCAUCUAACAAGCCACUCCCUUUCAUCAAAGUCAUCGAGAUCAAGUCAUGAAGCGACUGUGCGGAAGGAAGACACAGCAAUUGAUCCACCGGAGCUUUUCAAUGCAGACUGAAACCAAACAGCACCACAUCUAAUGGCAUGAAUAUUAGGGCUGUCAGAGCUGAGCUUGCUGGACCACAACUACAUCAAACACUAACGUGCUUGAACCCUCUGUGCAUAAUGAAUGAGUGUGUAUGUCAGCUAGAUACAUUACGCGUACUGACUGAGCGGAUGUGCAUUUGAAGUUGCACAUAUAAUUCUGUAUGCAAGUGUUUCCUUGUCCUGCCCUGUUUUGAUCGCUUUGUUAACCUUUGGGUUCAAGUCAAAACAGAACUGUUGAGCAAAGUGAAGGAUGGCAGACCUUUGCCAAAGUGGGUUAUGGCAGUCUGUUUACAGUAAUGUAGCAAACAUGGCUGACAAAGCUAAACGUUUCAUGUAAAAAUCAUUAUCCUGAUGAGCUCCAUCCUGUGUGCUUGUACUCAUUAAUGACUCUGUUCACCGUGCUGAGUGAAUGAUGCGUUAAACAUGUAAAUACUGACUGUAGCCUACGUAAGGUAAACACCAUGUGACGAAAAGAGCUGUUUUUAAAUAAAAACAUGGUUUGUAAGACCCAAACAAUAUGGCACUUUAUGAAACCGAGGAAGCAGAAGGAAGAAGGACAUCAAUGGGAAUAAGGACAUUACUGCUUCACUUAAGUUUCAUCAUUCCACAUAUUUCUUGUAAAGCAUUUCAGUUCCCUGUCAUUUUGUAAACAGUCAUCUUUUUUUGUAAAUAAUAUUAAUGAAUGUGAUUUGAUGGUUUCAUAUCUGCCUAACAACUUUCCCCUUUGUAUUUAUUUAUGUUAAAUAAAACCUCUAGAGAGUGUGAUAGAUUUUUAUAUAUAUAUAUAAAGUAUAUUCUAAUCUAUUAUCUGUGUUUGUGGCUCUCAGAAUAAAUCACUGAAAAUUAA